AUGAAUAAUUCAAGAUUCCAGCAAUUUGGAGACAAUGUAUCUAAUUAUGGGUAUGCUGGGGUAUGGCCUGUAAAUGAAAAUGUGAAAGUUGUACCAAUGGGAGCUUCAGGCAUGCCUAUUUCUGAUAUUUAUGAAGAAAUUGUACAUCCAAAUAAAGUACAUUCAAAUAGACCAAUCCCAGUAGGAGAUCACUCCUAUCCUAUUCCAGUUCCUAUUCCAGUAAUGACUCCAGGAACUUGUGAUAUUACAAAAGCUAUCAUAAAUAGUGAUAAAGAGAAAAAACUAGAGAAUUUGAAUGAAAGAACUAAUGGUAAUAUUAAUAAAUCUAAAUCUAGAUAUAUAAGUUCGGAUAUAAAAGAAAAAUCUAAUAUUAUUCAAAAACCUGCAGUACCACUUAUAGAGACCCAGGCUAAAAAACAAGUAGUAACAUCUGCAAAACCAUCUACUAAUAAAAUGAUGUCAAAACGUACAUCUAUACAAAAUAUGACUGGUUCUAAUAAUGGAGGGGCACGUAUUUCAUCUGAUCAAAGACCUUUGAGUGUACCUAGGCAAAGCUUACAAACAAAUAGGAGAUCAGAAAGUACAAAUAUAACAAAUUCAACUUCUAAAUUAAGAAGUGACUCAAAGUCAUCUAUUUUAAAUAAUAAUAGAGGGAAGAAUAAUGGGAUACCUACAAAUUUAACAACUAGUAAAUAUAAAAAUAAUAUGUCAACUUCAGAUCUAAAAUCUAAACAAGGAACAAAAUUAAAUAAAUCAGUAGAGAAAAUAUAUAAACCUCUUAAAAUACAGCAAGAUGAGAAAUAUCAUCCAAAUAGAUCUAUAGAAUAUAAUGUACCCAAAUAUAUUACCCAAGAUUCAGUAGAUUAUCCUACAGUACCAUAUCCACUACAUUUUCAGCAGAAUAAAAGUUCAAUUAAUCAACCUUAUGUUGUACCAGAUAUGCCACCUAAUUUAGUAAGAAAGCCUGUAUUGCAAGAUACAAAAUUAAAUAAUUUAAAUAAAGGUUCAUUUACAUAUAAUCAAAUACCACCCCCUGUUAAAAAUGCAACUAGGAUUAUUACUGAACCAACACCUAUUUUAGAUAAGAAAGUAAUGGAAACUAAGGAACUUCCUUCUAAGAAAUUACCAUCUUUUGGAUAUAGUAGUCAGAGUUCACUUGAUUCAUUAAAUUAUCCAAUUACAGCACCUAAUUCAUCAAAUUUAUUCAAUAAGAUAACUUCAUCUUGUUAUCCUAGAAAUAUACCUGCACCUCUUCAAAUUAAUAAUAAUUUAUCAAAUCCAUGUUAUCAAACAUAUAACAAUCAUCAAAACAUUGGAAAUUUAAAUUCAAUAAAUAAUGGACUUUAUGAAUCUACAAAGUUAUGUUUUGAUCCUAUGAAAACUCUUUUAUAUUGUUCAGGUACAGAAGUAAAUACCCCACACAAUAAUAUAUCACGAAAGCAGACGAAUUUUGCUACUCCUGAAGAUAUAUUUAAACCUAUGGUAUAUGAAACAAUAGUUUACCCUCCUGGAUAUUUCGAAUAUAAAAAACAAAUGCAAGAUAUUAAAAGUAAUUAUAUUCAAGAUUAUGAUGUAAAUAAACAACCUAUAACUCAUCAGGAAUGUAAUAAUAUAUGUAAUUUGUCAGAGUGUGCUGCAAAUCCUCACAAGGAUGGACAAAAACCCGAUGAACCACAGAUAUUUGUGAAAACUAUUGGUACAAUAGACCAUAAAAAUAGAAUAAGACCUCGUACAUUAUGUUAA